AUGAUUCGCUAUUCCCUAUUUUGUUUUCUUCUACUCGGUUUACAACACCAAGGAUGGAUGCUGUCGACGGGCGAUCUGACGCCACAACAUUCACCGGAUGUAAUACAACGCACCAAGUCUGCGGAAAUGUUUAAAUACAUGAAUCUGACGGCCAAUCCCUGCGAGGAUUUCUAUCAGUAUGCCUGUGGUAAUUUUGCCAAACAUAAUCCGGUGACGGAGGACAAUCCUGCCAUUGGUAUUGGUGAGGUAUUGUCGGAGAAAAUGAAUGAACGUGUUCGUGGCGAAUUGGAAACCGACUAUCCCAGCGAUACGAAGGCCUAUCGGAAUGUGAAGAAUUUCUUUAAGUCCUGCCUUAAAAUUCAACAUUCCUUAGAUAAGGAAUAUAAUCAAGAUCUGAAAAAUGUGGUGGAACAAUUCGGUGAAAUGCCCCUCCUCGUGGGUGAGUCAUGGAAUGAACACGACUUCGAUUGGAUCAAGACCCUAUCGAAAAUGGUGUAUACCAGUGGUCAGGAGUUGUUGUUGCACAUUGUGGUCCUGCCCGAUUUCAGUGAUAACACAAUUAAUCGUGUUGUGUUGGGUGAACCUCGCCUACCCAUGCAAAAUCCCGAAAUCUACAUCGGUGAGGCCUUUGCCGAUGAUCGUGAACGGAUCAUCGAAUAUUCAACAUAUUAUUUGCAGAACUAUUUCGGAGUCAGUGAACACGAAGCAACCCAAAUCGCUUGGGAAAUAUUGAAUUUUGAAAUCUCCCUGGCCCAUGGUAUGGAUGAUCCCAAGGCGGGACAUCAACCGGCGGAAUUAUUUACCCUUAUGGACAUUGAUGAGUUACAACGCAACUAUCGGGAUAUGGGUGAUUUAAAGCAACUUAUUUACGACACCAUGGACAACCGGUCCAUUCGUGAGGUCUACAUCCAGGUGGGUUAUUUGGAUCAUGUCCGUGAUGUUCUCAAGAAAACACCCAAACGAAUUUUGGCCAAUUAUCUCUAUUUCUCAUAUAUGGCCGAGUAUCUUGUGGAACCGAAAACCAAAGAUUCCGAAGUGGUGGAAUAUUGUAUUGAAAAAUCGAAAUCCUAUUUCUAUAAAGUUAUGGACAACAUGGUCUAUCGUAAAUAUAUUCCGAAGAAUGCCGAACAGAUUUUAUAUCAAAUUUGGCGAGAAUUGAAAACCGCCUUCCAGGAUAUUUUAUAUUCGCCGCGUUUAGAUUGGAUUCGGCAGGACACCAAGAAGGAGGCAAUUCAAAAACUCAAACACAUGAAACUGAAAAUUCUCUCCUAUGAACAUCCCAAAGAUGUGGAAGAAGUGGAACAAUUGGAUUUGAGUGACCAGAAUUUUGUCGAAAACAUCGAUGCCAUAAGACGAGUCAAAGGUAAUAAGGCUCGGGCUAAGCUAAAUGAACCACCCCAAGCCAUGCAAAUGGGUGCAGAGUCAUCCACCACACCCUAUUACAAUCCAUUUGAAAAUAUGGUCUACAUGCCGGUGGCUUUCCUACAACCCUAUUAUGCCUGGUCCACCGAUUUCCCCUCCGCCUACAAUUUCGCUUUCCUUGGGUUCUUUGUCUCCCAUGAAUUGGUGCAUGGCUUUGACAACAGUGGUCGUAAUUAUGAUGCCAUUGGUAAUGCCCGUAAUUGGUGGGAUUCCAACACAGAUCAAAUAUUCCGUGAACGCAGCAAAUGUUUCCAGAAUCAAUAUAAGGAGUUGGUGUAUUUCGGCCAUCACCUUCCCGAAAUGCCUUCACAGGCAGAAAACAUAGCCGAUGGUGGUGGUAUCCGUUUGGCCUAUGAAGCAUAUGUGAAUUGGUAUCGCAAACAUACUCAAUCGGAGGAAUUGCUUAAAUUUCCAGAUCUACAAAAUUACAACUACAAGCAACUGUUCUUCGUCUCCUAUGCCCAGGUGUGGUGUUCCAAUUAUGCCGAGAUGUAUAUUGCCAAUCAGCUGGCUGAUACCCAUACGCCAAAUCAAUUGCGUGAUAUUGGGCCCUUGGCUAAUUUUGAUGAAUUCGCGAAGGCCUUCAAUUGUCCCAUGGAUACGUAUAUGAAUCCAACUACGAAAUGUAUGAUUUAUUAA